CUCUCCUCGUAUCAAGAUCAGGAGAAAUUAUGCUUCCGUUUAGCUUAAUUAUUUUGUGCCUAUUUCCGUGCGUUUACACUGAGUACUAUCAUCGUCCUUCCUACCAAGUUCUACUGCAAAGAAGGAACCGUCUUGGAGCUCUGGUCGAUGGAAAGUGCUAUGGAAACGUACUCCAAAGUCGUAUAGUUUUAACCGCGGCAUCGUGCUUAUUGGCCUCCAAUGAAUCCGGAAGAGUAAUAACAACUGAUGAACUGGCCGUGUCUUUCAAAAGCCAAGAUCUAAGCGAAUUGAUUUACUUUGUGGGCGGAAUUGACAUAUAUCCUGGAUUUAAUGUCACAACUCUGGAUAAUGAUAUUGCGAUUCUCACCUUGAGUACACAACUUCCCCUAUCAGAUAUUGAUAUUGAUAUUGAGUGGGUUCUUUUGGCUGAUUAUGAUUUAACAACGGAAUCGCCUUUGCAGGAUAAAGUAGAAUCAACUCUUUCUGAAAAUGUUUAUCCAGGUUACGGUGUAAUUUACGAAAGUAAUUUAGUUGGAAUAAUUUCCCUGGCAAGGGAUAACGUUGAAUAUCAGUUUCCCAGCAAAGUUACCCAAAUAAGUCCUUACAUUAGUUGGAUAUAUGCUAUUUUGCAAAAUGCCGAGAUCGCUGACAUGCAGAAUAAUAACUAUAGCGUAUCUUUACCUUAUCGCCAGAGAAAGAGCGCAGAAAUGGGCACAGAAAACCUCGAACCAGAGGAAGAAAAUUUCGCCAACCCGGAAGAUCUAUCUAAGGAAUAUGUUGACUCUGAUACAGUAUCUGAUAAAAAUGUGGAAGAGCUGGUUGGUGAAUCUGAGGCAGAAUACUUUACAGUCGGAGGAGACCUUUCUAAACCAAAUGGUGAAACUAAAGCUGGAUAUUACACAAAUGCAGCGGUCUUAUUUAUGGACAAUGGAAUUUCUUCAUGGAUAUUAUUAAUAAAUUUGAUUAUUGUUAAUUCACAUUUCUUGGUGAAUUUGAUUUCUUAAAAAUAAUCAAUUCGUCGAUCUUACCAACAAAAAAUGAGAGGAUAAUUAUAUUUUUAUUUUAAUAAAUCA